AUUGUGAAGAUCACCAGCGACACGAUCAGUCUGGACGAAUUCGCGAAGGCUGUGCAGGACCCUAAAGCAGGCGCUAUAUCGACCUUCUCGGGCACCACACGCGACAACUUUGAAGACAAGGAGGUCAAGACGCUGGCCUAUGAAGCGUAUAUUCCUAUGGCAGAAAAAUCGAUGAAGUCGUUGAUUACGGCCGCACGGCAAAAGUGGGACGAUUUGAUCCAUGUGGCGAUCGUGCACAAGAUCGGUGAUUGCCCUGUGGGAGAAACCAGUGUAGUGAUCGCGGUAUCGUCCGGACAUAGGAAACAGGGGCUCGAGGCUGUGCACUGGUUGAUCGAUGAACUAAAGGUCCAGGUGCCGAUUUGGAAGAAGGAGGUCUAUGUCGAUGGU